CUGACUUUUUGUGAUUCAAACGAACAAAAUUCCUGAUCAACGACUCCACGCACAAAAAUCAAAACAAAUCGUGUUUCCGAUUCCGAUCUCUUCAACACGCAUCUCCGGUUGAUUCUUCGAUAUCCAAGCAAUAUUUUUCAAAAUUACAGAGUUUUUUUUUUUUUGUAAAUUCAGUGAGAAACCACCGAGGUGUUUCAUCAUUCAUGGCUUAUGUACGGCUAAGAGAAAAUAUGUGGUGUUGUUUCAGAUGACCAAACGUCUCUUUUCUUUCCUCCUCCUCCUCCUCCGCCUCUUCUUUUUCUUCGUUUCUUCUUAGUUUCUUACCGUCCGAUGCGUCUCUUUAAAAAAUAUUCGUGUUCCUCUUCUUCUUCUUAUCCUUCUUCGCCGUCAUCUCCAUCUGUUACCGGGAAUGACGGUAACUCGGCCAAUUACCAUGGGCGUUCGUUUACUCAGCGGCGUCUCACGCGGCAGCGAAAGCUCAGGCAUGUCAGCGAAAACGAGCUCGGGUUGCAAUCUAGAGACAGUUCACGUUCGUUGCCCAGUUCGCCAGAUUCAAACAACCCGAAGCCGCGGUUGCUGGGAGGGUCUGAUCAUUGGUCUUUGUUUGCCGUGCCGCAGCCGUUGCCGCUUCCUGACUUGUCUCGGAUUCGAAGACCCGAUUUGAAUUUGGGGUCAGGUCUUAUCGGGUCGCCGGAGGCACGGUACUGCUCUGCUAUGGGGAGAAAUGAUGCAUAUCAUGUUGCCACCACCCCUGGAAAAUCUCCAUGCAAUUUCUGUGGGAAAGUUUCAGAAGAUGCAAACGAUGAAAGUGUUAGAUUUCCUGCAAAGACUGCACCGGCAACUGCUGUCUCAAGUCCUGCUGUUAGUCCGCGAUCUGGGGAUGCAAGCCCUUCUUUCUUGGACAGAAAUUUGGCCAAACCUACUGGUACUUACCGUAAAAGGUUUUCUCAAGACCUCGAUGAUCUAAUAAUUAACAACAACCCGAAGUCAAAUGUAUUCUCUGGAAGUGCUCCAACAAGUGUAUUGUCAAGUCCUCUUGUCAGCCCACAAAGAUCGAACUCCAUAGAUUUUUUACCUUCUUAUUUGGCCCCACAGGGAUGUCAAGUUAGGUCAGCUUCAGAGGUCCCCAAGUAUGGUAGGCUUGCCAGUCAUACUUCACCAGUGACGGCAGUUAAAACCAUGCAAAGCCCUGAUCAUUCUCCACUUUCGAGCUCAAAGGCACAAAGUCCCCGUCUAAGCCUCAAUAGUCCAAGUAAAUUUAUAUUUCCAUUUCACCAUAAUUUGUUUCCAGGGAGUUCUAAGGAGCGGCCAGAAAGUAAUAAUCAUGUCAAUGCCCACCCGUUGCCUCUUCCUCCUGGAGCUAUGGCACCAUCACAAUCAGUUAUGCCAUUACCACCCGCUGUCACACAUCACACAACAGAAAAGGCAAAUUUAUCUUCAUCAAAAAUUCAAUGGCAGAAAGGAAAACUUAUUGGACGGGGUACAUUUGGAAGUGUGUAUGCUGCAAUUGAUAGAGAUACAGGAGCCUCGUGUGCAAUGAAGGAAGUUGAUAUCAUUCCAGAUGAUCCCAAAUCUGCUGAAUGUAUAAAGCAGCUAGAGCAGGAAAUUAGGAUCCUUCGCCAGUUAAAGCAUCCAAAUAUUGUGCAAUAUUAUGGCAGUGAAAUAGUUGAUGAUCACUUAUAUAUAUAUUUGGAAUAUAUUCAUCCUGGAUCAAUCAAUAAAUAUGUUCGCGACCAUUGUGGAUCUAUUACGGAGUCCAUUGUGCGCAAUUUCACACGCCAUAUCCUCUCUGGGCUGGCUUACUUGCAUAGCUCAAAGACAAUCCACCGGGAUAUUAAAUGUGCGAAUUUGCUUGUCGACCCUUCAGGCACUGUUAAGCUUGCCGAUUUUGGGAUGGCAAAACAUCUUACAGGUCUAUCCUAUGAGUUGUCUUUGAAGGGCAGUCCAUAUUGGAUGGCUCCAGAGGUGCUAAAGGCUGUAAUGCUUUCUGAUGCCAGUCCUGAUCUUGCUUUGGCUGUUGAUAUAUGGAGCUUGGGAUGUACUGUAAUCGAAAUGUUUACCGGUAGACCUCCUUGGAGUGAGCUUGAAGGGCCUCAAGCUAUGUUCAAGGUUCUGAACAAAACCCCACCUAUACCAGAAACACUAUCUUCAGAGGGAAAGGAUUUCCUCAAUUGGUGCUUCCGGAGAAAUCCAGCCGAUCGGCCGUCAGCUAUAAAGUUACUUGAGCACCCUUUUGUACAAAAUUCAAAAGAUCACAAUGUUUCUUUUUGCAGGCAGGUACCGGCUGAAAAAAUCCUCAUGAAUAAAUCUAGCAACUCCGGUGAAUGCAGCCCACGUAAGACCGAUGUGAUGCCUCCCCCCCAACAAACAAGGAUUAAAGGUCAGAGUUUUCCAUCCAAUAGUCUGCCUACAUCCGGUGUGGCCUCGACCCCACCCACUGAGGGAGCCUUGCAGUCGGCUUUGUGCUCGGGAGUUGUUUACCGUACUAAUGAUACUUGUCAACAAGGUUUUGCCAGGCCUCUUAACUGCGCCACAACUUCUCAUAGCUCUCCUCGUCCUGCACUUGAAAACUCCCAUUCUCUAUCUAUGUUGCAAGUUCAUGGAUCACAUAACUUCAGCCCUUCAAAUGUCUCCAGCAUUAGCCCCCUUGGUUCUGGGAAUAACCAUCCUUGUGCUCUCUCUCGAACUCAUGAAGUUCCACAUAUCUGAAAAGUUGUCAUUGUUUUUCAGAAGCAUGGUUUCCUUGUGUACAUUAUGAAAGAAACUACGAUGGUCUAGAAAGCACAUUAAGCUUCAUUGGAGUUUUUUUGCAGCGUUUAGGGCCCUGGCGACCCUCACUGGUCUUUCAACUCAAAUAGCCUUCUUUUUUUUCCCUCGUAGUUGUUACCUCAUUUGCAAAGACAAAGCAUCUUCAUUUGAAAAAGUAACUCAUCCGAGGCUUUGCUGCUGGUCAGUUCAUAGUCGUUAGAGUCAAGAGUUUGUACAAAUACCAGAAAAUGAGUUGAAGUUUUAGAGAAUGAUUUCAUGCAGUUGAAAAAGCUGGGCAGGAAAUAAAAAUAAUAAUUUAUUCUUCACAUUUGCAUGACUGCUGAUAAAGAUAUAAAGAUUAGAGUAAGUUAAUUCCAUGAAUGGAGCCGCUGGUUGCUUUUUAAUACCAGCUCUCUCCGAUUGCAGCUUAAGUUUGUUUUCCUGUGGAUUGUAUAUACUCUUCAACUUGUAUGAUUUGUAUUAUUGUCCAAACCACAUGAAACGACAUUGUUUUUUCA